GCUCCUGAUUGGCUGCGCAGACAGGCAGGUAGUAGCUUCACAGCCGGACAAAAACAGACUGCUCAUAAGCUAUCGCUGCAUCUCGAGUCUUGCUCUAACUUAGUUAAGUUGUGUAAUUAUUUACAGCACGGAGAUCGGGUAACUACCAGCAUUUUUUUCUUGCAGGAUACCCAGCUCGAGGUAAGACCUGUUCAAGUUAUCCAACACAAACACACUUUAAAGCUCGUCUGCUUUACGCCGUAUGUUCAAAUGUACUUUUCUUGAAGACUCGAUGGGACAGGACAGCUUGUCUUUGUGCUCGGUCAAACCACCAACAUAUUGUCAGUCUGCUAGGUUUGGCUUGUUCUUGUAAACCUGGAAAUGCACUGGAGUUAAAGAGCAAUGUUUUAAGGGAAAAGAAAAGUAGAUAACACUACAGCAGAGUUUCUCAGGUCAAAGCAUUCGCUUCAAAGUUGCCUGCCGAGAAAUGUUUAGCCGUGGUAAAGAGAUACUGUAUGUUCAGAGAGACUAAUGUUUUAUUGACUGAAGGAUAAUCUGGUCAAAGUUUAAACUGGUCUUUGUUCAGUACAUUUGAGGAAUAGAAAGCUAACUUGAGGUUUUGUUUGAUUGACUAAGCACUCUUGUCACAUGAGGUCUUUUUUGCCACACUGUGUUUUUUGCUCAUUGAAAACCACAAACUGUGUCUAGCUGCGAAUAGUCUGCAUUCUCUCCUUACUUACCACACUUUUAAGUCUAUUAUACUAAUAUACACUAGCCAGCCAUAACGUUAUGAAGACCUGGGCAAACUAAUGCCACCCAAUACAACCGCACUACCACAGGUUCAUACUUUCAGGAUGCUUCUACAUUUCCAGUUGUAGACAAAUGGUCUUUAUAUUUGUUUUUAAGACGCAUCUGUUUUCUUUUUUUCCUUUUUCAUGCUAUUGGGACUUGAGCCUGUAAUAAAAUUCAUAUACAUAGUGGGUGGUGCUGUACUGGUGUGUGUUGUACUGAAAGAUGGUACUAAUAUUUUGUCCAUUUAAUUAAAUAAACAAUCAUUUCAACAUAACACACUCCUGUACACCACAACUUCAAUGGGUUUCUUCACACAUUAAUGCCUCGAUCAGUUACUACACCCAGAGAUUCUCCAGUUUUGUAUAUAGCAUGUGUGCUGUCUGAUGUUUCCUUCUUUUUUUGUAUAACAGCUAUAUUAUCAUCUUUCAGGUUGGACAUGAAGCUCUGCUCUCCUCUCCUGCUGUGCCUGGUAGUAGCCCUGUCUUCUGCCUAUGUGAUCACACAUCAUCAUCACCAUCAUCAUGACAGCAUGUGGACCAAACUGAUUCUGACUCAUCACUGGCCAAACACCUUCUGCAGUGUGAGUGUCUCUGUGUCAUUUCUUUGACAUCCAGAUGUUUGUUCUCAGGGAGACGUUUUGUUUGACACAUCACAGUUAGAAACCAAGUGUUAUACAAAAACUUAUACCUGUCCUUAAGCUGCUAAAAUACCCCACAACCAUAAAGUUAUGAUAGUUAUUACACCUAUGCUUAGUCAACAAACUAUUUCUGUCUGGUUAGAGUAAUCCCUGCACCACAGCAUGUUGGCCACAGGUUGAAGAAGGCUCUGCAUACAUUUUGCUGAGGUUUAAGGGGUAGUUUAGUCUGUGUUGGUAAUGACAAAGUGAGGGUUGUGUAGUUAUAUUAAGAUUUAUGUAACAGUUGUGUUCAAUUGUUCAAAAACAUGGUUUCUCAGCUCCAAAUAUUACCCCAAAAAUCGCCUAAAUACUGCAUUAUGAUGUAAUGUUGACAGAAUUAUCACUAAAUCCUUCAGAGUCAUGUGAUGUUUAAGUCUAAGUCAUGAGAGAGGCUGUGUGACUGUACACAUUCUGGUUGGAUUGGGCAAUUUUUUUUCUACAAGGUACCGUCAAACAUUUCCACAAGUCACAUCACAAAAAACAACCAACAUCCUCUUUUUUGUGUUUUUUGAGCACACUCCUCUGACUUCUUAAUAAAUUCUGUAAAACAGCACAGACCGUAUUGUUUAGAGAUGUGUCUGGUGUUAUAUGUUCAGCUGUAAAGGUUUUAUUCGACAAACUGUUGUCACACAUGAAAAGUUUUACAUUUUUUUGCUUUCAUUUUGCUGAACGACUUUAAAGACUUUUAUUUUGGGGAAUUACUUUCUGUUGGUCCUGGGAGGAAUUUGGGCCAGAGUAGACAUUCUGUGUAUACUAUGUUGUCCCUAAAUUACAAAGCUGCAACAGUUCCCCUUUCUACAUCUCAACAGCGUCACAUUUAUGGCAGGGAAAGAAGAAAUGUCCCUUUUAUUAACUUGCGAAAACAAAACAGGGGAUAUACUGCAUCUUUGAAAUACCCAAUGAGUACUUCUGGAAAAAUAUUUGGUUAAGCUUUCUGGUUGAUUACAAUCACAUGUUUUUUUUCUUGAACAAAUUUCAGAUGGAGCACUGUAAACCAAAUAUCAGCUACUGGACACUGCACGGACUCUGGUAUGAAAGUUUGUUGUUUCAUUUGCAUUAGCCAGUGUUCCUAUGAAUUUGUAUUCAUGUCCUUGUGGUGACUCUUUCUAUUUUCCAGGCCUGAUAAAGGGAUGGACUGCAACUCAUCUUGGCAUUUCAACAGCUCUCAAAUAGAGGUAUGACUCUGAUCAUUGUCUCCGUAACCACGAGAAAUGCAGGAGUCAUUCCUUGUCCUUCUGCAAACUCUGAAAUCUAUUAAUCUCUUAAUUCGGGGUACUGAGAAGGAAGAUAAACACACACGCAUUUACUCCUCUGACAAGAUGAAAGACAAACAAUGAAAAGAAAAUAUGUAAUUAUGUACAUCAAUGUGAAAAAGGUCCUAUAGUUUAAUUCACAAUAGUGGAGAAAAGAUGCAGAGUAUAUUUUUUGGUCUGUUUUGGUCAAAAAAUUGUUUUUUUUUUUGUUUGCUUGUUUGUUUUGACAAAAAAUUGAUUUCAGGACCUGCUUCCAGACAUGAAGAGGAGUUGGCCGGACUUGCUGAAACCCACGUCUACUGAAUUCUGGUAUGCAUCAAUAAACCCUUCAAUAUUUACUGUCAGACCCCUCAAACUUCCUCAGACUUUACUCAACCUUUGACUGGUUUACCAGAAUGUUUUUGCAGAGAUGGAACCACAAAAGGAUGUUAUUUGCAUUCUCAGCUUUUUAAAGAAGUGAAAAUUGUAAUAAGGCACAUUAAGCACUUAUCCAUAGACUAUAAAAUUACAUAGUUCAUUAGUCAUUAGUUUUGCUGGCCUCAGCUGCACUUCUCGAUUCUUCCAGUCUAAUCCUGAAAACUGAGGAAACAUACACAGCUGUGUCCAAACUUAGAUUAUAGUUAUCAUGCAGCCCAUGCUUAAAUUUGUCCUUUGCAGUUAAAAGCUGAUUCUGUCUCUCUGUCUGUUUCAACAGGAAGUAUGAGUGGCAUAAACACGGGACAUGUGCAGCCAAAGCAGACUCUCUGAAUAGCCAACAUAAAUACUUCAGCAAGGCAUUGGAACUCUACCAUAAAGUGGAUUUGGACAGGUAUGGCAUAUAAACACUAGUAGUGAGUGAUUCUGACAAAAAGUAGUAUAUGAAUAUUUGGGGGAAUUUUGCCAAUGACAAUAAUCAUGUUAUUUUGUAUCUCUGAAAAAACAGUGCAGUAAAACAACCAAAGGGAGUGUUGGUAAAGGUUGUGUAAUGUCCUAGCUCAGUCUUGUUAAUGUUAUAUUAAAUAAUAUUGGGACAUAUUUAUCAACUUUAAACUAAUUUCAAGUCAGUACUUUACAAAAACAGUGAAAUCACCAGAGCAAGUACUGAGAUUAAACGGGGCAAGUUAGAGGAACCAUCUAAUUUUGCUGAGUGUGUUUUUGUGUUUUUAGUUUCUUACUCAGUUGGCUUUUCAUUUGCAUAUGUGCUGAGAGUUAAACUAGAUAUCAAACGGUCUUUAACUGCAAUUGCUCUCUGAUGUGGGCAGUAUAUUGGAGUCAUUUGAGUGUCAUCUGUCUUUUUGAAGCCAAACCACCUCCAUGCGAGUGAGGACAAUCCACUUCUAGCUAUUAAAUCUAAUGGUGUUAAUUUAGAGGCUGCUGGGGUUGUGUUAUGUCUCUUGGUGCUGUUUGUUCACUCAUUUUAUAUUGCAGCCAUGCAAGGAGCUACUCUAGUUUAGCUUGCUGGGAUGUGUAAACACUGCAUAUGAUCUUAAUGUAUUUACACAGCAGUCUGUUCUACUUUGCUUCAUAAUUUACAGUGAUUGUGGGUGGACACUAAAUGCAUGUUUUUACAGGUUUUUGAGAAACAAGUACAACAUUUUGUGCACCACAAUGACAAAAAUUGUUAUGUGACAUUGUGUAUAUACUGAGUGUACACUAGUUUCCUGAAAAACACUGAUUUAUUUUACUGUUUGUACUUUUUUUCUUUAAUCACCAGCUACCAGUUAACUCUACACAUUCUGACUUUUUUAUUAACUUAUUUUAUUGAUAUCUGAAUUAAAUUUAUUAACACAAAAAAUAACUGUUUUUGUUUUUGUAGAGUCCUGAGGAAGUUCAACAUCACCCCCUCAGAGAGCUACUACAAAGUAUGUCUUUUCUUAAUCAUUACUCAGAACCUCCUUUUUCUGUGCUAACUUUAGUCAUAAACAUUGUAUGUAGAUAACAGCAUGUGACGUUUGAACAGCUGUUAUCAAGAAAGUUACCCUUUUUUUAUUAUAUCUUUUUAAUAUGUUUGUCUGCAGUUAUCACAAAUUGAAGAUGCCAUAGAGAAGUCGUACAGCAUCAAACCCAAGAUCCAGUGCGCCUUCGGGUCAAGGGUAAGAGCUUCUUUAUUUAUAUCAAUGCAGCACAAUUGUCAUUUGUUGUUCAGUUUUUAUGUGUUAAUAUUUUUAGAAUUAUUAAGUAUUCAAAUUCUGUGUUUUAUUUCAGCUGUUUCACGUCGUGGCUAACAGUCUGUGUGUUUUUGUGUGUGACAGAGAGAUGAGGUCCAGAUUUUGGGGCAGAUCGAGCUCUGUUUCGACACUGAAUUCACCCUGCUGGACUGUGAGAGACCUUUUCCAGACGACACGACAUCCAAGGGAUACGGAAAUGAUGUAAUGGAUGUUGACAGGUCUGGUUUCAGUGUGUGUCAGCAUGAUAUGCCAGUUUACUACCCACCUCUUGCAAAAGAGAGUUAAUCACACAAAAUAAAACAUAACACACGCACACACAAACACACACACUACACUUUCAUGUUCACACACUCACAGACAUGGGUCUCUGUUUACCAAUCAGCGGUACUGUACUAUAACACGCACAUAAAAAUAGUUUAAUGCUUAACGAUGAUCAUCCAGUUUCAGUGAUAGAGAGGUCAAAAAAAGCCUCAUAGCCUCAAUCAGAGCAGUCAAUCAAAAUCCUAACAUAAAUUCUAGCUUUGACGGGUACGAGAUUAAAAAAAUUACCUUAAGUGCAAUGUUAUUUUUAUAUCUUACACAUCCAGGGCACCCAAACACUUCACCACCACCUAGUGCUUUAAUGGGAUUAUGUGCCAUUCUGACCCUUUACAGAAGAUCAAUCCAAGAGUGCACAGCUUGUUGUUUUUCCGCAGCUCAACGGGGGGAUAUUGUGGGGAUUUCAGAUAGAAUAGGAAGGCAAACAAGUAGCCUACUGUGUCUGUCUAAAAACAAGUAAAGCCUCUUGUUUGCAGGUGACUUCUGUAUAAUGCUGCUGACAUUUUUUUUUUAACUGUGGUUUAUUUUGUAACUUUGCCAGCGAUAUUUUAUGCCAGUUUUUCGCUAAGAAGACACAAAAUAAGUGCCAUGUUGUUUUUCAUACCUUUUUUUUUUCCAAAGCUGAUUGGAUUUUUCGCUGUGAGUUGAAUAAUGUUAAUAAUAUUUUAAUGCAUUUUCCAUUAAGAUCAAUACAGCUGUUUUUCAUUAUCUUUAAAUCACUACACAAAUAGCACAGACUAAAAUUGCACAGUUUAAAAGCUUUUUUGCUGAAGGGCCACCAUCUUAAAACAAUGUUGCUUUGCACUAUCAUCUUCAUUUUUCAAGCAUUUUUAACUAAUAGGAGUUUUUACAGACUUAAAAUCAACUGUAAAUUGUGAGACUGUAAAUUAAGGUUUAAACAAGAAGGUAAAUAAAGUGUAUGAUGAUACAUGGAAAGGCUCCACUGGUGAUCAGGUUUUUUUUUUGUUGUUGUUUUGGGCUCUGGGGCUAAAAAGCUUGCUCCUCAAGGAUGUUGCAAAUGCUCUUAUUAACACUAUUUAAUCACAAAAUGAUUGUUGUUGUUGUUGUGUGCUGUUAAUUCAAAUCAAUGUAACUGGAAAGUGAAUGAUAAUUCUAAUGAAAACAACACUGGAGAAAUGCUGUGGUGUAUUUGAAUAUUUGUACUGUCAUUUUUCUAAUAUCAAUAAACAUUCAAUAACCAGUCAAUCUGA